UUUUUUUUCUUUGGGCUGUAUCUGCUUCAUACAAAACUGAGUUAUCUUUCGUUUCUUCCCCUUGCAAAAUCCCCAGCCUACCCAACACAGAAAAAAGACCAAAAGAUUUUUUAUGGCCGUUGUUUCAAGUGCUCAUUCAACUAUCUUCUCUAAAACCUCCCUUUUUCACCACAUAAAUGGUUUCAAACGCUUCUCUUUUUGCUUACCCUUUUCUUCCUCUGCCGUUGCUUCUCUUUCUUCUAAGAAAAAAUGGAGACAACCCGUGGCUUCCUCCAUGUUAGAGCUUGGUGGAAUCAAAAUUGCCAAAGAUGAUGUGGUGAGGGAUGACCCGACAAACAAUGUUCCGGACACAAUAUUUUCGAAACUGGGCUUGCAGCUACACAGAAGGAAUAACCAUCCUCUUGGGAUUCUAAAGAAUGGAAUAUAUGAAUAUUUUGAUACUAAUUUCCCAAAUAUGUUCCAUAAGUUUGAUGAUCUCUGCCCAGUUGUUUCAGUAAAACAGAAUUUUGAUGAUGUCCUGGUGCCUGCCGAUCAUGUAAGCCGGAGUUAUAAUGAUACAUAUUAUGUUGACUCUCAAACUGUGCUGAGGUGUCAUACAAGUGCUCAUCAAGCAGAGCUGUUGAGAAGGGGACACACUCAUUUCCUUGUAACUGGCGAUGUUUACCGUAGAGAUUCUAUAGAUUCCACCCAUUACCCUGUGUUUCAUCAGAUGGAAGGGGUUCGUGUUUUUACUCCAGCUAAUUGGGAGGCAUCAGGUUUGGAUCCAACAUCAUAUGCAGCUGAGGACUUAAAGAAAAGUCUAGAAGGCCUAGCUCGUCACUUAUUUGGUGCUGUGGAGAUGCGUUGGAUUGAUGCCUAUUUUCCAUUUACCAAUCCUUCCUAUGAACUUGAGAUCUAUUUUCAGGGGAAAUGGAUGGAGGUUUUGGGUUGUGGGGUGAUGGAGCAAGAAAUAUUGAAAAGUAAUGGUAGAUCAAACAGUGUUGCUUGGGCCUUUGGACUUGGAUUGGAGCGGCUAGCAAUGGUUUUAUUUGACAUUCCAGAUAUCCGGCUUUUUUGGUCAACUGAUGAGCGAUUCACCUCGCAGUUUUCCGAAGGCCAAAUGGGAGUGAAGUUUAAACCCUUUUCGAAGUAUCCUCCCUGUUACAAAGACAUGAGUUUUUGGAUCAAUGAUUCAUUUACAGAGAACAACUUAUGUGAAGUUAUAAGAGGAAUAGCUGGGGAUCUUGUUGAAGAGGUGAGCUUGAUAGAUAACUUUACCAACAAGAAAGGAAUGACAAGCCAUUGUUAUCGGAUUGCAUAUCGAUCCAUGGAGCGUUCACUCACAGAUGAGGAGAUUAACGACCUGCAGUGGCAGGUGCGAGAACAGGUGCAGAACAAGUUAAAUGUUGUUCUAAGAUGAGUAGCCUAAACUUGUUUUUUGUCCAUUGGAGUUAUAGGCGUUGCAUCUUAAAUUACCAUACUAUAUAGGUUUCAGUUAUUUGCAAGCUUUUAUGUUGGUUAAUUCAUGGGUAAUAGGUUUAAUACAUUUUUUUCCUUGUCUAAUGUGGUACUUGUAUUUGGUAAAAGCUAUACAUUUUUAUGCGUUCUUAAA